UCAGUGUGUGUUUGCAAUGGUCGUUAGUUCUCUGCAUUGAGUAACAAUGCAAAGUCAGAGCUGAUUUGCUGUUUUCUUGCGCCUGUCCAUUCCAGCAGUGACAGCGUGUGUCUGUGCCUGUGCAUUCAUUUCUGGAAGCAGCAGAGACUGGAGUAUUUGAUUGCCGAAAGAGGGUCGGUUCUGCAAUGCUCGCCAGGGAAUGCAUCGUAUCCGCACCUGGAAAAGUUAUUCUUCACGGUGAACAUGCAGUGGUGCAUGGAAAGGUGGCGUUGGCUGUAAGCUUAAACUUGCGGACGUACCUCAGAAUCCAGCCUGGCGCUGCAGGGAGAGUGUCCAUCAACAUGCCCAACAUAGACAUCUUCCUGAGCUGGGACGUGACCUCCCUGCACGCCCUGCUUCCUGCCAGCAGGGCUGGUUUGCAGAAUGCUGUGGAGCCAGACGCAGCAGUGGUGCUGAAGCUGCGCGAGUAUGCAGGUCUCGGGGAUGGACUGGCAGACACACGCAGCCUGGCAGUCCUCGCCUUCCUCUACAUAUACCUCUCCGUGUUUGCAGAAUCCAGAGAGCUGCCCAGCUUGACCAUGGCUGUGUGGUCUGAGCUGCCCACUGGGGCUGGUCUUGGCUCAAGCGCUGCUUUCUCUGUCUGCCUCUCCGCUGCUCUGCUGGCCUCUAGAGGUGCUAUCGCCUGCCCGGCUGUAGAAGCAGCGCAGACUGCAAGGUGGAGUGACGAGGAUUUGGAGCUGAUUAACAAGUGGGCGUUCCAGGGAGAAAAAAUCAUCCACGGCAAUCCAUCGGGGGUGGACAACGCAGUGGGCACCUGGGGUGGAGCUUUACGAUACCACUCAGGGAAGAUCAAGCCAUUAAGCAGUACUCCUAUGUUAAGAAUUCUACUCACAAACACUCGAGUUCCCCGGAGUACCAAGGUUCUAGUGGCAGGAGUGAGAGACAAAUUAACCAAGUUUCCUGCUAUAAUGAAUCCAGUGCUGGACUCAAUAGACGCCAUUUCCUGCGAGUGUGAGCGAACUCUGAUGGAGAUGGCGAGAGGACCUGAAAUCCAACACUACCGAGUAUUAGAGGAGCUCAUUGACAUUAACCAGCACCACCUGAAUGUGAUGGGCGUGGGGCACCCCUCCCUGGACAGGCUGUGCCAGGUCAGCCUGGCACACGGGCUGCACAGCAAGCUGACUGGGGCCGGGGGAGGAGGCUGUGGCAUCACUCUGCUCACACCAGACACUGACAGCUCAGUAGUUGAAAGAUCGAUACAGGAACUGAAAGACUGUGGCUAUGACUGCUGGGAAACUAGUAUUGGUGCACCUGGUGUUCUGCAUCACUCUCCAUCCUCCCUGACGGAAGACGUGUUAAAGAUUUUAAACAGUUACUAAGGGGAUGUCUGCAACACAACGUUCGUUUUAUGCUGUCGACUUUCUCAGCCUGUGAGACGCUCUCGCUGCAGGAUAUCAAUGGAUCCUCCACCUACACGCAUGGUGUUAGACGAGUGCUUCAGACUGCUCCCACCACAUAUAAACAACCAAACUGAUGUUUCUUUGCAAAAAUCAGAACACAAGCUGUGUUUAUGUCAUUUGGUGCAUUACAUUUAGAGUUGGCUUUUGCAGUUAACAAAAUUAAGUCAUCAUAACAGUAUAGUUAAAGAGAAUAACUUUGAAAUAACAGGUGAAAAUGCUCCAAAGAAAACUACAAAGUAGCCUGUCCUCAAUUAACGGGUUCCAGGUGAAGUGCCCCAUAUGGCUUUAAAAUUAGAUUCUGCCUAUUUAAGAACUUUUAUUUUCUAUUGCGCUUGAAAAAACAUUUUGUAAGUAGUCACGACCACACAAGCAGUUGUGAGCUUGGCAGCUCCAUGCCACUUCUCAGGUGAGCUUUAACUUUCCUAACACAGCCAAACAUUCCUUCAUCUGAAGCCUGUUCACAUGAGUGCAGCACGCACACUGGAGAUUACCCUGCGAUUUCAGGAGCAGCACGAGCAAGUCUGAACAGUCUGACUUCAUCCUCAGCAAAGGCCUGCUGACAAAUGUUAUUGUUUUUGAUGCUUCCUGUUCAAAUUCAAUGACUUGCCCAGAGCUCCGUACAAUUUAGCCUGAAGCCCUUUAAUGAUUUCCUGUGCUAUUAGAUAAUUGGAGCAAUGAAUACAGGGCCAUGCGCACCAUGCUGUUUGUGUGCUUCUGCGUUUACGCAAGUAAUACUUUGUAUUGUAUUUCUGUUAUUUAAUGACAAAUGUGCAAGACCUUGCUUGACACACAGUAAUAUGCAACAUCAGCAAAACAAAAAAUAAUCAUAAUUGAGAGUGUUUUAUAUUUUAAUUUAUAGGUUUUUUUUUUUUUUUUUUUUUUGGAACUCAAAAUGUUUGUCUCUUGAACUAUAUUUAAUCUUGGUGCCUUUUCCACAGAAUGUGGUUCCGUACAGUAAAUGUUGAUUCUCAAGUCUAAUGGGUUAGAUUCUCUGCAUUACUUUUCAUUGCCACAAGGGGGCAGUAAAGACUUGUAUUAAGUUCACAGGGGUAUAUACAUAAUUGAUAAAUCAACAAUCCUCUCCACGGCUUAUAUUUGGUCUACAGUAUACAACCCAUGUAUUUGAAUUGGAAAGUGUUAUUUUAAAUUGGUAAAUUAUGAAAAUAAAUGAGAUUUAGAUUCUCUAAAGCAGUAGGUCCUGGAAAGAAAGUUUUGUUAAAACGUAUUAAAAAAGGUACACUUCGAACUUCAAGGAGCUUUUGUUACAGAAUGUUUCAACAAAUUAAACCUCAGCAUGUUUUUUAAUCAGUCAAAUGGGAGCAGUGUGUAGCUGGCAACGUCCAGAGGUAGUUCAUUACAAAAGGGGAUUCAGAAAUAAAUCUCUUUAUUCUUUUUAUACAGAGAGCUGGUAAAGUUAGUUAUGAUUCAAUACAAUUAUUAUUAUUAUUAUUAUUUAUUCUUAGCAGACGCCCUUCUCCAGAGCGACUUACAAUCGCAAGCAAAUACAAAUGCAUUCAAGUGUUACAAUACAAGUCAUACAAUAAGAGCAAGAAAUACAAUAAUUUUUUCAAGUGUGACAAACCACAAUUCAAUAAUACAGCAGAUAAUAGUGAAAGUUACAUCAGGAUAUGAUUAAAUAGUGAUAGUUACAUCAGGAUAUGAUUAAGUACAAAAUACUACAGGUUAAACACUUGGCAGAUUACAAUUAUUAUUAUUAUUAUUAUUAUUAUUAUUUAUUUCUUAGCAGACGCCCUUAUCCAGGGCGACUUACAAUUGUUACAAGAUAUCACAUUAUACAUUAUUUCACAUUAUACAGAUAUCACAUUAUUUUACAUACAAUUACCCAUUUAUACAGUUGGGUUUUACUGGAGCAAUCUAGGUAAAGUACCUUGCUCAAGGGUACAACAGCAGUGUCCCCCACUGGGGAUUGAACCCACAACCCUCCGGUCCAGAGUCCGGAGCCCUAACCACUACUCCACACUGCUGCCCAGUAUUCUGAAGUACAGGAUUAAAUGCAGCAAAAUAGGGGGCAGAUAAGAGCAAAAUAAAGCAUAUUUAAAAUUUACAAUUGCAAUGCUUUCCCAUUUCUAUUCAUAAGACUGAAGCUACGAUUACAUUUCAUAAUUGCUUAAAUAAAACAUCACAUGAUGGUCUUUGGCCGUGUUUAACACAAUCAGUAUUGCACUGACGUUUUCCCUGCAAGAAGUUGGAGGAAGUACUUUUAAAGUCAUUGAUUUUAAUGGUCAAAAAAGAAGAUGAAUCAUGAAAGAAUAACAUGCUAAACUGUUCAGAUUGACAACGGUACUGACCUCUGGGAUUGCUAGGUUGUGGUGGGAAUCAUGCUUCAUUAGACACUGCAGAAGAGUGUAUUUGUAUCACUCCUCCAAUUGGGAUGAGACUUGCUGUGGACAGUUCAGCUCUUGAGGGUGUCCUGAUCUAGGUCUUAUGGGGGAGUUGGUGUAAGUUGCCGACGUGAAUUUGUCUCGAAUCGCUUUUCUGCUGUACACACUGUGAAUGUAUGAACUGCUGUAUUAUUGUCUGACUGAUAUGCAUGUUACUGUAGGUUGAUUUUAUCAGCCUGUAUCCAACUCGGAUAAGCCACAGCUAGAACCCCCUCCUGCCUUCCAUGAGCCACAUAUUUUUAGAAGUGUUCUCAGGAUAACCACAGAUAGGUAGUUGAUGCAAUCCAAGGUGAUUUCAUGGUUCUGUAAAAGUUUUUUUUUAAAAAAAACAGCUACUGCUUGAUCAAACUGAUGAUCACUGCUUUAGGAGUGAGUGAAUUAUUUAUGACCCGAUACAGUACAAUAUAAAUGUGUAUGUGUCCGUAAAAGAAAGACCUGUUAGUUUAGUGUUUUUAAAUCGUUUCCCGUGCACGUGAGCAUAGGAAGCAAGAAAUGUGUUUUAAACAACUGAACUUUUCUUCUUUGAAAAUAAAAAGCUGUGUCAUAA